AUGAAGAAAUUGAACAAUGUUACAUUCCAACGAUGUUUAUCACCACUGGAUACUGUAGGUUUACCAAUGCUUGUAAAUUUCUGUGAUGCUUCUGAAGAAGCAUUUGGUGCGUGUGCAUACUUACGAUGGGAAGUAGAAGGGGAACCACGAUAUUCCACACGAUUUGUAGCAGCAAGAUCAAGAGUAGCCCCCUUAAAGAAACUUACAAUUCCACGAUUGGAACUACAGGCAGCAGUCUUGGCUGUAAGACUACAUGAAACAAUAAUGUAUGAAAUAAGGCUGAAGAUACAGAGAACAAUUUUCUUCACCGACAGUACAAUAGUGUAUGGAUUAGAAGUGAAUCAAGAAGAUUCAAGCAAUUCGUAUCAGCAAGAAUCGGUGAGAUUCAUAGCAAAAGUAGUGCGUCGCAGUGGAAACAUGUUCCGGGAGAGUUAA